AUGAUCAGUUCUCGCGUGGGUGGUAGGGGGAGGAUAGGCUGCCGACAGGGUAAUCGGGCAUCAUCAUCAUUCACUUGCAAGUGCAUCAUCAUCAUUAUCAAGGUCGAGCCCUGGCCGUCGAGAUUCCUCAGCCCGCGCGUCCGCUCCCCAGCACCCACACCUUCACACAGAGGGUCCCCGCUGCCCUCCCUCCAGCACGGCAGCGGCGUCUGGGGGCGACGGAUUAAGGUUCGUCUCUUGCCUUGCUCUCUCUCUCGAUGCCAUCCCUUGCAGCCAAAGACACGCCUACUGGGGUACCUGGCAUCGCAUUGGCAAUGA